AUUUCUGUUUUUUGAUACCAAACCUCAAAACCUGACAAUUUAUAUCCCAAGAAACUAUUUGCUUUACCAUUAGACAUCCUCCAAAAGCAACACCAAACGGAUUCUUAACACCGAUGGGUUUUGGAUAACAGGACGGAGGACUUAGAAACAAUGUAAUGAACCUCGAAAUUUGAUAUAUAGCCGGGGCAUACUUUUGUGUCAUACAUUUGGAGGACAACUCUUUCUUCAUUUUGGACGUUUUGUUCGAAGCGCGUAUUAACGAGUGAUGGACAAAUAUUUUUGACAAUAUAUUUGAUAUUAUUGACGGGGUGGGUGGUGUUAUUGCGCAGACUGUGAGGGGGAGAUGUGGAAAAUGAAUGUAUAACAUAUUUGAAGUGUUGUUUAAACUUGCUGGACCGUUAAAACGACAACAUUUUCUCAUCUGAGUUAAAACAACAUCAUACAAAUAUCGGUUAACGUUACCUAAUGGAUGUCAGUCAGAUCAAACGAAACUUUUACAUCUGAUUUUCACAAGCGACUCCAGCAGUUCCCAACCUUCGGAUUUUGACAGCAUGGAUCUGUUGAGAUUUGCCAGACACUGUAUGUACAUUGCAUGGCUUGGUUUCUUAUGGAGGAGUGCAGCAGAUCAGCACAGCCUGACAGACCACCUAGAGUCUGCCAAUGGAUUAUCUGAACUAUGUGGUAUUGAUGAGCUACUUUGCCAAGAUGAAAAUGCUCUGCUAAGUUUUGAGGCCAUCCGCAGCAUUCAUAAAGACAUGGACGAUGAUGCAGACGGCAGCGUGGACGUGACAGAAACGGAUGGGUUUCUUAGGGAAGACCUAAAGUACAACGACCCUAAAGGAAAACACAAGAGCUUCCAUAGAGCAGAUCUGCUGAUCACAGUGGAGGACAUGUGGAACUCCUGGAAGGCCUCUGAAGUGUAUAACUGGUCAGUAGAGGAAGCAGAGAAGUGGCUUGCCAGCUGUGUGCAGUUACCUCAGUAUGUUAAUUCCUUCAGGAAGAACGACAUCAGUGGCAAAGCUCUGCCCAGACUUGCGGUGAAAAAUGCCACCCUGCUUCUGUCCGUGCUGAAGAUACCAGACCGCAGUCAUGCACAGAAACUGCAGCUGAAGGCUCUGGAAACAGUGCUUUUUGGACCUCCACCGAGCGAAAACAGCUUCUUGAAGGACUUGAUGCUGGUGGUGUCCAUCAUGGUUGCAGUAGGGGGCUGCUGGUUCGCCUACAUCCAGAACCGAAAUUCUAGGGACCACGUGGGCCAGAUGAUGAAGGACCUAGAAGGGCUUCAGAGAGCUGAGCAGAGCCUUUUGGACCUGCAGCAGAAGCUGCAGAUCGCACAGGAAGAGCACCACUCGGUGGAGGUGGAGAAGGUCAACCUGGAGCGGCAAAUGAAAAGAGAGAUUGACGAAGCCAAGCAGGAGGCUCAGAGACUGCGAGAACUGCGUGAGGGAACUGAGAACGAGCUGAGCAGACAGACAUAUGCAGAGCAGGAGCUGGAACAGGUGCGAAUGGCUCUGAAGAAGGCUGAGAGGGAGCUGGAGUUGAGGAGCGGCUGGUCUCCUCCUGAAGCCCUGCAGAAGUGGCUGCAGCUCACACACGAGGUGGAGGUGCAGUACUACAACAUUAAGAAACAGAAUGCAGAAAAACAGCUCACAGUGGCUAAAGAAGGGGCAGAAAAGAUCAAGAAGAAGAGAGGAACUAUCUUUGGGACGUUCCACUUAGCCCACAGCCCUUCACUGGAUGAUGUCGAUCACAAAAUCCUGUCAGCCAGACAGGCUCUGGGAGAAGUGACCACUGCUCUGAGAGAAAAGCUCCAUCGGUGGCAGCAAAUUGAGAUUCUGACCGGUUAUAAUAUUGUCAAUAACCCUGGCAUGUCAUCUCUGGCCUCUGCCCUCAACCUGGACCCUGCUUUCCUGGGCAUCCGCUCUGCUGCACCCCAACACCUACUGCUCUCCGACGACCUAGACGACAUGGAUGAGGACAUACUUUCCCCAGGAACCCUGCAAUAUGCCGCCUGGCAGAUGGAUCGGCGAGUGAGCGACCUUUGGCCCGUGGCCGCCGAGAGCCAAACCCUGUGGAAACAUUCUGCUCCCAGCCUGAUGUCCCUGCGGCCGCGUCACGGAGACCCCGCGCUGAACCUCAGCUCACAGAGGGAUCUGAACCGGUCAGAAUCGGAUUCCUCCCUCUCUAUGUCUCAUUCCGGAGACGCCCUCUGCUCCUCAACUCCACUCUACAGUACGCGGUCCAAAACCAAUGGCGGUUCCUCUACCGACAAUCUUCUGCUGCAGAAAAAGACCUUUGGCAUGGAGAAAUGUGCCAGUCUCGGAGAGAUCCACUCUCAGCCGUCUAGCCUCGCCUCAGCCGAGUCGAUGCGCUCUCUCAACUACACCUUCGAGCAGGACGGCCCGUCAGGAAAGGGAUCCAAUCGAAUCUCUCAUAUCACAGGCAAGAAGACCCUGGUGGAUGAGGACAGUGGCUCCACUGGAGAAGACACUGAAGGUUCCAGCACGGGCCGCAAGAAACACACCUUUACCAAAAUCUUCAGAAGGCCGAAGAAAUAACGACAGUAUUGGGAAAUUGUCUAAUAUGAAAGGACUAAGAUGGUACGUUUUAACCUAGCAGAGUUUACUAAGAACAUGUAAUUUAUAAGGAAUUUUUGAUUUAUAUCACAAUUGUGUUGACCAACGGGAACAGAAAGAGUUAUUUGUUGGGAACAGGUAUGAUAUCACUGUACAUUUAUUUAUUUACUUCAGCAAAUAAGGGCGCAUUAUGUCCAUUUUUGGUGUGAAAGUUUCUUCUGUUUUUAAUUGUAGGUAGCGUGAGCUUGGGGCUUUCGCUCUCAAAACAAACGCCAAAGUGCAUGCAAAGGCUAUGCUGUUGUUUUACAUAGGAUUUGCUUGGGCUUCUUCCCUUUUCACAUGCAGCCCAACAUUGUGUUGCCAGAGGAGACAUUUGGCCAUAAAUAUUACCAUCCAAAUCUCCUUGCUGAAAAAAAAAACACCAUAUGACACAGUAUGAGUGUGCAGCAUUUGUGUUUGUGUAUUGACCGACUGGCUCUUCUGAUUUCUCCUGUGGAUACCAAAAUUUGUUUUAAACUUGUUAUGCCCUCAGAGGAGAUCGGUGCCUUUCAUUUUAAGCAUUGCCAAAUGUUAUUGCAGUGAACUGCCUGUGUGUGAGUCACAGACAGGAUAUGUACUGUAGUUCUCGUCUCUGUAUCUCAUGUUCAUUGUGUAACUACAUGCCUACAUGAACUUCAUUCAUCCUACAUGCCUCUGACUUGCUUUCAUACUGGAGAAGUAAUAAAAAAAAAAAAGACAUAAAAGGGAGGAUGUUUUGCGGCGAAUAAAAAAAAGUUGAGUGCCAACAUAAA